AAUUCAGCAUACAAUUAAAAUGACAACCUCCUGGAGUGAUCGGUUGCAGAAUGCAGCAGAUGUGCCUGCAAAUAUGGAUAAGCAUGCCCUCAAAAAGUAUCGGCGAGAAGCCUAUCAUCGGGUGUUUGUGAACCGAAGUUUAGCCAUGGAAAAAAUAAAGUGUUUUGGUUUUGAUAUGGAUUAUACUCUUGCUGUGUACAAGUCCCCGGAGUACGAGUCCCUUGGCUUCGAGCUUACUGUGGAGAGACUAGUUUCUAUUGGUUAUCCCCAGGAGCUGCUCAGCUUUGCUUAUGACUCUACCUUCCCUACCAGAGGACUUGUCUUUGACACACUGUAUGGAAAUCUUUUGAAGGUCGAUGCUUAUGGAAACCUUUUGGUCUGUGCACAUGGAUUUAACUUCAUAAGAGGGCCAGAAACUAGAGAGCAGUAUCCAAACAAAUUUAUCCAACGAGAUGAUACUGAAAGAUUUUACAUUCUGAACACACUAUUCAAUCUGCCAGAGACCUACCUGUUGGCCUGCCUUGUAGAUUUUUUUACUAACUGUCCCAGAUAUACCAGCUGUGAGACAGGAUUUAAAGACGGGGACCUGUUCAUGUCCUACCGGAGUAUGUUCCAGGACGUAAGAGACGCUGUUGACUGGGUUCAUUACAAGGGCUCCCUGAAGGAAAAGACAGUUGAAAAUCUUGAGAAGUAUGUAGUCAAAGAUGGAAAACUGCCUUUGCUUCUGAGCCGGAUGAAGGAAGUAGGCAAAGUAUUUCUUGCUACCAACAGUGACUAUAAGUAUACAGAUAAAAUUAUGACUUAUCUGUUUGACUUCCCACAUGGCCCCAAGCCCGGGAGCGCCCAUCGGCUGUGGCAGUCCUAUUUUGACCUGAUCCUGGUGGAUGCGCGGAAACCGCUCUUCUUUGGAGAAGGCACAGUGCUGCGGCAGGUGGACACCAAAACUGGCAAGCUGAAGAUUGGCACCUACACAGGCCCACUGCAGCACGGCAUCGUCUACUCGGGUGGCUCAUCUGAUACAAUCUGUGAUCUGUUGGGAGCCAAGGGCAAAGACAUUUUAUAUAUUGGAGAUCACAUUUUUGGAGAUAUUUUAAAAUCAAAGAAACGACAAGGGUGGCGAACUUUCCUGGUCAUUCCUGAGCUUGCACAGGAGCUACAUGUCUGGACUGACAAGAGUUCACUUUUUGAAGAACUUCAGAGCUUGGAUAUUUUCUUGGCUGAACUCUACAAGCAUCUCGACAGCAGUAGCAAUGAGCGCCCAGACAUAAGUUCCAUCCAGAGACGUAUUAAGAAAGUAACACACGACAUGGAUAUGUGCUAUGGGAUGAUGGGGAGCCUGUUCCGCAGUGGCUCCCGGCAGACGCUCUUCGCCAGUCAAGUGAUGCGCUAUGCUGAUCUCUACGCUGCAUCUUUCAUCAACCUGCUGUAUUACCCAUUCAGCUACCUCUUCAGAGCUGCCCAUGUCCUGAUGCCUCACGAAUCAACAGUGGAGCACACACACGUGGAUAUAAAUGAGAUGGAGUCACCCCUUGCCACCCGGAACCGCACAUCAGUGGAUUUCAAAGACACUGACUACAAGCGGCACCAGCUGACAAGGUCGAUCAGUGAGAUCAAACCCCCCAACCUCUUCCCACUGGCCCCUCAAGAAAUUACACACUGCCACGAUGAAGAUGAUGAUGAGGAAGAAGAAGAAUGAGGAAAGCCCAGACCCUGACCAUCCAUUAAACAAGUGCUGGCAGAACUCCGGGAGCAAAGGCUGUCCUUGUCUGGGCGCUCUCGGGGAGGGUGGGGUGCUCCUUCAGAAGUGCAUCUGGAAAGCUUUUGAAGACUUUAAAAUAUCUAAUCAUAGAGAGAUACUUGUUUUAGUUUUGUGUACCUAUAUUUUUUGUGGAAUGGUUCAAAAUUGUAUUGGAGUCUGUAUGGGAAGGAAGCGUAAGGGUCCAGUCAGGGUGAGCUGCGCACAGUGGGCUCCAUGUGGCUUGUGUGUCACGUGUCCUUGUCUUUCCACCUUCGGUGUGUAUCCAGCACACGGAGCGUGGGAAGCGGAUUCAGAAUGCUGGAUUGUUUCAGAUUGUGCUGUUACUCUAAAACCUCACUUUUUCAGUGCACUACACAGUAUUGUAUGCCAGUGGAGAAAUACAUUGUUCCCAGUACCCAUUUCUUUUCAUGAGCCAUUGAAUAUCCUCAGCGAGCCCGGCAAGGCUGAGGCUGUCAGUGCCUUUCCAGAAUAUUCUCCAUGUAGGGCCAGGCUGGCUGGACUGCAGACUCUUUGGUGAAGCAAAAAUCCUCAUCCUUUUUACAUUUUUUUAGGUUGUGAGAGCACAGAUGCUUGUUACCUAAAAACGUAGUAUUUUUCUCAUCUGAUAAAUCUGCCAAGGAAUAUAGUUGGAAGAAGACAAAGGAGCACACCGCCAGAGGAGGAGAGAACGUGCCUCCUCCUCAGCUUACUGCAGACCCGAGUAAAGCUCAUCAGUGUGACCUGUAAUGUGGUCCCUGCUGCCCAGCCCCACAUUGCCCCUACGUUGGGUUGAUCGCUGUAGUUUAAAGUUGAACGUUAAAGGGUAAGAAGAGGGCAUGGUAAGCCAGAGCCUUACUAGAGCAGCAGGCACGACCAGGGAGAGUAAGCUCGCUGCAGAGCCCCCGUGGGGUCACCUCCUGUGUUGGACGCGAGUGACUCGGUAUUACUGCACACGUUAGGGCCUCCCGGUGAGGGAAGGCUGUUCCGACACUUCCGACAAUGGUGAGAUUCUUACCUAAACCGUUGCGUAUUGUCUUACAUUCUUACUGUCACUGAUCCACAGGGGAGGAGAGGCUAGUUGCUCUAGAAUUCUAUAAAGUGUCAUCUUUCUAGUACUGACUUUGACACCUUCUGUAGCACAGCCGAAUAAAUACUGGUCUUUAAGUAGGUUUAGGUUUGGUUUUUAGUGACAUCACUUUUAACAUUUUAAGGAAAAUAAACAUUUUCAAAAAAUGCUAAA